CUCAGUGUCUUCGAAUCCUUUAAACCGGCCGGACUCGACGGAUGAGUAGUUCCGCGUCGCGCGGCUUAAAUUCAUAUAUUCGCGGGUGAUUUUUUCAAUUUUAUUUCAUUCCUUUCCCAAUUCUGUUUUUAUCACCCGUUGUAGCGUCCGUUUCACUUCACUUUCUUCAUACGCCAAAUCACACCGCAUGAUUCGAUGAUUCACGUGCAUGGUCGACUACCAGGAUCCAAUUAGUUAACCAUGCGGGUAUCCGUGAUUCCUCUCUUUUUAAUAACGAUCCAGGCAGCCUGGGGUCAGUUGAACUUUGAUGGUAAUCCUUUGACCGAGGACACGAUUUACACGGCCGAAGAGUCGCAGUUGGCAGAGAAUGCGGCUAAGGGGCGUUCCCUGGAAAUCUCGGAUACGGAGACAGAUUCGUAUUUGCUUGCUGCAAAAAGCCUCCAAGCCGAACGGGCCCAGAACAAAUACCAAGCUAACGGUGAUAGGUUUGUAAGCCCGGGGCCCCCCCGGCUUUCAACGAGAAACGAAAUAUCAUCGGCGGUGAGCUCCUCCGCGAACUCCUACAAGACCAUCACGGAUGAAGACCUCAAGUCGCCAGUGUCAGCAGCCGCAUCAUAUCCUGCGGACAAAACGCAUACCUGGAACCAGGCCUACCCGGAGAAUGCGGAAACCGCGCAUCAGCCGGAAUUGCCCGAGCAGUCAGAUGCGGCCCUGGCGAUGUUCCUGAACUCGAAAACACCCGAGGAGUCCAAGGUGGCCCUCGAAGAGUACCUUGGUGGGGCCCAAAAGCCGAGUGACUUGUCGGCCCAUCACCAGCCCCACAUAUCGGACAUAGUACUGCCUCAGCGAGAAGACUUGAGUCGCGGAAACGAGCAAGUUAACCUAGCGGGCCAGCCGGAACUCCAGUACCCUCAGUAUGCACAGCCGGAAUACGCGAACCCACAAAUAAAACCAGCCCAAAUGCCGUUUGCGGCGGAUCGGGUGAUCGGCCAUAACGCAAACUGGGUUAAUCGACCGGUCCAAGGUAUGGUCGAAAAGGGUCCGGCAGUUCUUAGGGGCCCACCGGUCCCCUACAGGAGGCGGAAUUUCGUUGUGAGGCCGCCGUACGUGGGCGGCAUUUAUCGCGCUCAGUCCAGAGUGGGGCCUCCAGUAUUUCCGCCCGGAGGCUACGGCCACGGAGCUCCGGAAAUAAUUUACACCAAGCCACCCGGCUACCAUAAACGGUAUUAUUCUAAGGCUCCGAAUCCGUACGAAGACGCAAGCGCUUGGUUUCCGGACGCCAAUCAUCCUCCGCCGGAUCUUAACGUUUAUCACUCACAGUUAUACGCCCAGUCCUACGAUCCGUACUACUACAACUACAUUGCCAAGUACGGAAAGAUCAAGCCUCAUCUAUACGGGAAGUACCACGAACACCAAAAGGAAAGCUUCUUCUCCGAACUGUUCAAAAGUUUCAAAAAACACGGGAUGAAACACGUUAUGCACCCCAUGUUUCUUCUCGGUCUUGGGAUACCCAUGGUCACUCUUAUGCUCUCCGCACUCGUCGGCAAACGGUCGUUUGCUCGCUCCAUUUCCGUCGACGCCAACGGUGGCCGCAUCACUGACGAAGACAUCGACGAGUGGAUUGACAAACUUCGUAAAGCUCUUGACUGCUACUCGGGAUCAGCCUCCGAAACUGAGAAGAAGACUGCGUGCUCGGUCUUCGAUUAGUGCGAUGCCGAUUGUUGUGUGUUCUUGGUUGUGUACAGAGGGUACAGGAAGCAUUGUAUCUAGUUGGUUCCUUCGACGCUCGAAAUCGGCUGGAAAGUGAUCAAACCUCGCAUCAAUUUAUACGUAUUCAAUUGACUGAAUAGAGGGGUUGGUCUUGAACUACGCAAACGCAUAUGAACGGGGAAAUACUUACUAUGUACAAUCACGACGUGCACGCGGAGAAACAUUGGGGUGGGCAUAGGAGUAUCUGUUCAUGUAUCGUUUCUUGAUUUCUUUUUGUAAAUGAUUUGUUAGAAAGAGAAGAUAGACAAACGAAUCACGAAACAAUGAAUCUUAUCGCGCGUUUGAAUUCUUAGAUAGUUUCCCUUCAAUUAUCAUAGAAUCGUUCAAACACUACAUGGAUUCGUAUCAAUUACGAUGACGAUAAAUUUAUUUUACCUUCUAUAAGGGGUCAAAAAUGAUCUCAGUCUUGAACAUUGUAUGCACCGUUUAAACAUUUCCUAGUCUCCUGACAGGCCGUGACUAAGUCGAUUUCACGCUCACAAUCAGACAUGCCCGGGUUCCUGAAGUAAGAAGCGAAGAAAAUCCCAUUUGCAUUUCACGAUCAUAUCGUGCUUUCAUCACAAACUGAAGUUUUGCACUAAUAAAUGUGUUAGAAACUCACGUUAACCACAAAACGGAAUUCAGUAACGGAUGCAAUGGAGUAGGGAUGUUUACUUCACGACUAUGAAAUAUGCAGUGUGCCACCCAAUAGUCAGAUUACCGAAAACAUGAGCACUCACGGCUAUUCCAGUUACUACAGAAUUGAAGUACGUCCGUACCAUCGUUCUUCGAACACUCACACGAUCUUGAAUUGCGAAUGAAAUAUUUUCAUCUUUGACGUCAAGGUGCCGCGCAGUCUAUAAGGUGUGCAUGCCCUUAACGGGCACACAUCGAGUUUUACUUACUUGGCAAAAAAUGACUCGAGUUCUGCCGGCGUGGAAAUUCUUGCGAACUUCAGUGACGGUUGAUAAUUAUUUCCCAGAAUCGCAGAUUAAUUAUAUGUAGUGAUUUAACGACAUAGUAACAUUUUUAGUCACGUGGCCUGGUUAGACCGUUGUAACGUAUAUGUAGUCAUCUUUUGCGGUCAGUAACUUUAGGCUUUCGAAGCCAAUAAUCACAUGUUGCGAUUUCAUCGAAACAGUACAAUUUUUUAUCGAAUACUAUUUUUCAUUUCCAUUUAGCGCAGUAUAUUAAUUCGUUAGACACGAUAUGCAGUUACCUUGAAACUAUGUAAGAUAACGUUUAUUGAAUGAGAAUUUAUCGGCAAAAUUGCAAGUGUAUCACAUAAUCGCAAACGUUAUCAGUUUCAAGAGAUUCACGACGCACUUGCAAUUUUAAUAUUUACUUUUUAGAUACUAAAAUCGGUAGACUACAUUCUAUAAUAUGAUAUGGCAGUGCAUUAUUAGUACCUAAUGAUGAAAAUACGACGUUGGUACCUAAAUGCGAUUAACUUCUAACUCCGUUGUAUUUAUUCUAUUUAAUCUAUAUGAAGUAUGAAUGGAUGUGUAUAUAUUUAUAAUACGUUUAAAUAUAUAUAAGUGUUCUUUUAACCCGAAAUGUUAUCACCGAAUAACUUGGAAGAUACGCAUAAACAAUGAAUAAUUCUUCCAGGGUUAGAUCGGGUGAAAUAAUGGAAAAGUAUGAGUGUAAUACUAAAUGCGUUUCAUAUAUUUAAAUAAAGAAUGUGCAAGAUAUA